UAAAUUUAAUUGGAGAUAUAUUAUUUUAUAAGCAGUAUUCUUUAGUAGUAAUAUAAAAUGACGGCGAUGCGUGUUAAAAAUCUAGUAAGCGAACAAUGGGGCCACGCCACAAUCUAUACGGACAGUUCGAGAAUGUCACAGAAACAGAUAACGAAUUUACCUGGAGCCACUGCAUUCAUCCCCAGUGCGUUUCCACUAGAGAUCCAUUAGAGGUCUUUUUUGCCACGUACCAUCCGGCUUUGGAUUGAGCUCCCCUUCACGAUGUUUCCCGAGCGCUAUGACAUGUCCUUCUUCAAACGAGGCCUGUGGAGAAUAUUAAACGGAACUAAGCUCCUUGUACAAGAGGUCUUUGUCGCAAUUGCUGCAAAUGAUACCAGAGACAAUAACAGUAACUGAAGAAGAUACAAUGCCUGUUGAAGAGUAUACACAACCAAGCUUAUCAUACAUGUCUUCAUCUAUGUUUGCGACUAUAUUGGAAGACACUAUUAUUCAAAUUCGAAUACUUGACGAAUGCAACAGUGAAUUACGUAUAAUAAAAACGCUGGCUGAUAUCAAACUGCUUCGAGCCCUGAAGUUUGGAAUAGCGCAGCCCAAAACUGCAGAUGAACUAGAAAAUAUUGAUCCAAAGAAUUUGGAAUGCGAAAAUUACAAAAUAUAUAAGCUUGAUUCUGACAGGAGAAAUAUCAUUAACGCCAUUACCGAUUUGUAUGUGGAGAUGACGCUUAAUAAAAAUUACAAGACAUUGACAUCGUUUUUAAACAGCAUUUUCGACAAAGAACACUAUCGGAUUGCUUUAGCCGAGAAUGAAGCGAAGAACAAACUGGAGCGACGUGAACUCACUAAACAAAUAAGGCAGCUGCGUAAUCACAUCAAAACAGUUUUGUACGACAAUGAAGUUACUAUUGAUAGUUUGAAAAGUCAGGUUGAAGAUUCUGUACUGGAUUCGGAAUGCUCAAGCCGUUACGUGGAUAAUUGGCAAGUGGCUAGAACCGAACAACACCUAGAGGUUAUUAACGAAGCGGAAAAUUCUUGUAUUGAAACAAUCGAACAAUACAAGCUCAAGAUCGAACACGAGCAAAGAAUACAUUCUGAAGUUGAACUAUUAACCAAUAUAACCAUAAAUGAAACUUUGGAAAAAAUUGAAAAAUGGAUGAGUAAGUACGAUCGAGACAUGGAGGGCAUCGACAUAGAUAUGCAGAGGAAAAAGAAUCACUACCAGGAUAUGCGUGACAAACGAAUUAAUUUCGAAAAUACGAUUGAAAAGCAUGAUCUACUAAUGAAACAAUGGAUUAAUUUCAAAGAAGAACGCGAAAAGGCUCGUAUUUACCGCGAGAACAUGACAAAGUCUGCUAUAAUUGUACAAGCGUGGUGGCGUGGCUUGCUUGUAAGACGCCGCUUAGGCCCUUACAGAGUAGGCAGAAAGAGGAGGGGACGCAAGAAGAAAUAAAAUUCAUCCGUUUAUAACGUUUUCUUGCGUAUGCAUUGUAAAAACGUUACUAUUGUUACAAUUUUACUUAAUUCUCUUAUGUUUUUCUUACAUAUUAAAUGUAAUUUUUAAUUAUAAUUCCACUUCCUUA